AGGAAGCACCAAAGCGGGCCUGACUUGCUAAAACUCCGUUCUCCUCCCAACUGCAGACGACGAUGGGUUUCCGUCGCCAAAAGAAACCGAGGCCGGAUGCCACACAGCUGUUUAAAUCUCUUAUGCACAACAGUGGUGCAUAUUCCACCUGUUCCCCUUAUGGAAACGGAAGUCUCGCUGCAGCUGGUGCAGCCCAAGGAGGGCAGGAUCCCGUCCAAAGCCGCGGAGCUAAACCCCACAUUUCAACAGACUCCAGGCAUCCUACACCAAUCACUGGGGUUGGGUUUUUUUUGUUUGUUUGUUUUUUUAGGAAGCCCUUUCAAGAGAAUUCCCCCUCCGAAACUGAGGAGAGAUAAAAAUUCACUCCCAUCUCCAGCAGGCUGCACGGAUUUUAAGCCCAACAUCCCCCGGACCAAUCAAAUAUAGUGAGCGCACUGCAUCCGUCCGCAGUGAUUGUCAUUCCACACAAGCUGCCCGAUUGAAGCUUUUCUGAUUCUUCUUUUUUUUUUCUUCCUAAACAGCAAACCUGCCCUUCUUUUCCCAACGGCUGAGCCUCUGGAGACCGAAAAGCUUUCAGGAUGUUAAAGGACUUUCAUUAUGCAUUUGCAGAUGCUUAUUGAUUCUCUUGGAGGAAGUGGGAGACUGCAGCAGGCUGUAUGUGUGUGUGUGUGCACACACACGGCUUUUCCAGGCUGGGUGCGCGAACCGAAAGGCUGAAACAAUAGCCAAGGGAUUUUUUUGGGGGAAAAGAUGCUUUGGAUUCCCCUGUCUGGUACUCGGCUGACAAGUGCAAACGCAAAACAAAGCCGCCACCCCGACAUGAAUCCCACCGAGCUGGAACUGCUCAGCUGUCUUUGGGAAUUUACUCAGCCCUGGCUGGAGGUUUUCGUGAGUCAUUUGGGCUUGGUGAAUGACAAUGUAAAGAAUACGGCAACGGAGGAAUCUGAAUAACGCAAGCAACUUGCAAGAUGUGCUCAUACUACAGACUUCAAAAGAGGAGCGGCAUAGAGACCUAAGCAAGGCUUUACACCAUGGAGAGUGCAAAAGCCUAGCGAGAAGUGCCUGUUCAAACGGAAGUGUUAACACGAGGGUUUCGCACUAAGGUCCAGUCCUGAACACCUCCCACGAGUGGAAUUACAGCACAGCACCAUGCAAGCAGCGAAUGAAGAAACAGCUGGGCAUUUGUGCAAAAGGAAAGCCGAGACACUAGAAGCGAUUCCAAAUUAAUUUAAUUAUCUCGGUACGUGUUCCUUGGGUCACUUGUUGACAGGGAGCAAAGUUUACGGAAACUAUGCCUGGGAUGGUGGCUUUUAAGGCAAAGGCAGAACCCAUAUUAACAUUUACCACGUCGAUUCCUGCUCUAAAACCAGUCCCUGCGGCCUAAUGAGCAGAAAGACUCUCAAAUCCAAUUUAAAACUGCUGGGGGACGACCUCAGGGUAGACCCCUGAAGCUGGUUCCACGGCAUUUCAUUUAUGUUUUAUGCAACUUCAGGGAAUUUUCUCUUUUUUAAAAAAAUAAAAUAAAAAAUAAAAAAAAUGGUGCCCACCCUCCCGAAGGAUACGGAUUUAUGAACCGUUUUACAAAGGUGCUGCUCUCCCCAUCGGUAACUUGGAAACGGAAAACCAAUGUAUCUACACCACAAUCUGUUGUGUAGAAUUUUACUGGGCCAUUUAAGUCUUUUGGAGUUGUCACAAGGGGGGGGGGGUUGGCGAUGGGUCUGAAACCCGCAGCUGAAGUGCUGGAACCGAAGGAAAACUAAAAUCUUCCACCAGGCAGGGAGCAGAUCAUUUCGGCGUUGCCGAGGCGAACACGCCUGUCAAAAACCUGUCAGCGACACCAUGUCUGAACUCACGACAAGCUGUUGCACUCGGCUGAAAGGCCCUUGAGGCGAGGCGAUUCAGAGCAAAAGAAACUUCCGAGAAAGGAUGUGUUUCUCUUCCGUCCCAGAAGCCAACAUGCCGUCUGAAUCUAACAUUACUGUUCGAGAUGCCAUCAGGGACACAGACUCCAAUAUGUACCAGCCACUGUCUUACCCGCUGAGCUUUCAAGUUUCCCUCACCGGAUUCCUGAUGUUGGAAAUUGUCCUAGGGCUUGGCAGCAACCUCACCGUAUUAGUACUUUACUGUUUGAAAUCCAAUUUAAUCAACUCGGUCAGUAAUAUUAUUACCAUGAACCUCCACGUUCUCGACGUCAUCAUUUGCAUGGGGUGCAUUCCUCUGACGAUCGUCAUCCUUCUGCUCCCCCUGGAGAACAAUUCUGCGCUGGUCUGCUGCUUCCACGAGGCCUGCGUGUCUUUUGCCAGCGUGUCCACUGCCAUCAACGUCUUCGCCAUCACUCUGGACCGCUACGACAUCUCUGUGAAGCCCGCAAACCGGAUCUUGACGAUGGGAAGGGCUGUGAUCCUCAUGACGUCCAUCUGGAUCAUCUCUUUUUUCUCCUUCUUGAUCCCCUUCAUUGAGGUCAACUUCUUCAGCUUCCAUAGGGCCAACACUUGGGAAAACAAGACGCUGUUGUGCGUCAGUGCCAAUGAAUACCACACAGAACUGGGCAUGUACUAUCACCUGUUGGUGCAAAUCCCCAUCUUCUUCUUCACGGUGGUAGUGAUGUUCAUUACCUACAGCAAAAUACUUCAGGCCCUGAACAUCCGAAUAGGCACGCGGUUUUCCACGGGGCAGAAGAAAAAAGCCAAAAAGAAGACCAUUUCCUUGGCUACGCAACAGGAACCCACCGAAACGUCGCAAGCCAGCAGAGGCAGAAACGUGGUCUUUGGGGUAAGGACUUCCGUUUCGGUGAUCAUCGCUCUACGGCGGGCGGUCAAGAGACACCGGGAACGCCGCGAAAGGCAGAAAAGAGUCUUCCGCAUGUCGCUGUUAAUCAUAUCAACUUUUGUUCUCUGUUGGACACCGAUCACCGUUUUAAACACAAUCAUUUUAUGUUCGGGCCCAAGUGACCUUUUGGUCAAGCUGAGGCUGUGUUUUCUAGUCAUGGCCUACGGGACCACCAUCUUCCACCCUCUUCUGUACGCCUUCACCCGACAGAAAUUUCAAAAAGUUUUGAAAAGCAAAAUGAAAAAACGCGUCGUCUCCAUAGUGGAAGCUGACCCAAUUCCCAACAGCGCUGUGAUACACAACUCAUGGAUUGAGCCCAAGAGAAGCAAGGCCAUCACUUUUGAAGACAAUGAAGUGAGGCAGAAGUGUUUAGUACCUCAAGUCGUUACGGACUAGAUUCCGGUAUCCACAGGAUUAUUUUAAGGGGGGGGGGAGUCAAGGAUAAACCACGACUGCCAAAUACAGAGUUUUUUUUUUUUUUUAAAGGGAGAGAAAACAUUAAACCGGACUGUAAUGGUUUGAAAAAUGCAUUUAAACAGAUCAGAGCUGUGUAUUUAUUUCCUCAUUAUUCAAAAAUGUGUGUUGCAUGGCGGUUUGUUAAGCGUAAAACCAUGGUUAUAUUUUGUCAAUACUCUGUCCUCUAAUAUACAUUUAAGUAAAUAUUUUCUAACAAGAAAA